AUGAGACGUUAUCUAGUAUGGCCAGCGGGAAUGAUAUUUCCAAAUAUCCUUCUCAAGUGUGCCACGUUUCGAAUGUUGCAUGAAAAGAAGAAUGAUGACGAUUUGCGGCUUUCAACGUGGAAAAUGGGACGAUUUCGAUUUUUCCUCAUUGCAUCUAUUGUUCAGUUUGUUUACUACUGGAUACCGGGCUAUUUCAUGCCCAUACUAACAUCAUUUUCAGUAAUAUGUUUUAUGAAUCAGAAUAAUAUUGUAUUUGGCCAGUUAACCGGAUUCUACGGUCUGGGUAUUGGAGCACUGCAGUUGGAUUGGCAAUCGGUAACGGCAUUUUUACAAUCACCAAUUCUGUAUCCGUGGUGGGCUCUAUUUAACAUUCUUAUUGGUUUCAUUGGUAUAUACUGGAUAAUUAUUCCGAUACUGUACUAUACGAAUACGAAUGCAAAAAAUUUACCUAUGUUUUCGAGCAAUUCAUAUGCUAGAAAUGGUAGUCGAUAUAACUAUUCAUUAAUCACAAAUGACAACAGGCAUCUAAACCAAAGAGCUUAUGAGCUGUACGGUGAUCCAGUGUUGACACCAAUAUUCUCAGUAACUUUUUGUAUCCAGUUUGCACUUAUAACAGCAAUUAUUGUUCAUACCAUCUUGUAUCAUGGUAAGUUUAUCUUAAAGCAAUUCAAUAUGUCAGCUGAUGAAGCAACAAAUGAUGUCCACGGUGCAUUAAUGGCAAAAGUGGGAAAAGAAGUCCCCGAGUAUUGGUAUACAUUAUUAUUUCUGAGCUUAUUUGUUUGUGCAGCAAUUGUGUGUGAACUAGCAACACUGAUGCCAUGGUAUUAUCUUUUUCUAAUUAUAUCAAUUGAUUUCAUUCUCUUACUACCCAGUGGUAUUGUAAAAGCCAUAACAAAUCAAGAUAUAGAAUUAGAUUUGCUAAUGUCACUUUUGGGCGGACUUGUAUUGAAAGGCAACGCUGUUGCCAAUAUGACAUUUCGAACAUACGGGUACACAAUUCAACGUCGUUCAUUAACAUUCAUAGCUUGUUUGAAGCUCGGUCAUUAUACGAAGAUCCCUCCACGCGCUAUGUUCACUAUGUUGGUUGUUAGUACUUUAAUUGGUUCUACACUAAGUUACGUAGCAGCGUAUCUUAUUAUAAAACAUCUAAAGGAUCUUUGUCGCAGUAACGAUUGGCUGUGUCCGGAAGUGCGUGUAUUUAAAGAAAUAUCUUACUAUGUGGGCACUGUAGGUACAGCUAAUUUUCUUCACGCACACUUAUAUACAUUAUAUUUCUUUCUGAUCGGCGCACUGUGUCCGAUUCCAGCGUGGCUAUUACAUAAACGAUUUCCUACAGUUGGAUGGUUGAGAUAUGUACAUUUUCCAGUUAUGCUCGCAUCGUUAUCACAAAUACCACCUAUACAAACAGCUACAUAUCCAACGUGGUUAUUCAUCGGUUUUAUAUUCAAUUAUGUUAUACGAAAGCGUGCUAGUGACUGGUGGAUUAAGUAUGCUUAUAUAUUUUCAGCAGCAAUGAGCGCUGGUGUUGGUGCGGGACUUAUUUGCAUUGCAUUUCUGCCGGUAUUUCCAGUGCACUGGUGGGGAAAUGCUCAAAAUGAAGUCAACGGUGAUGGGUGUAAAUAUUCAACUGCUAAUUACUAUGGCCUUAUACUUGAUCCAACUCUUUCCACAAAUCUAUGA